CGGGAAGCUUUCCGAGUCCUGGACCGGGAUGGCAAUGGCUUCAUUUCCAAGCAGGAGCUGGGAAUGGCCAUGCGCUCUCUGGGAUACAUGCCUAGCGAGGUGGAACUGGCCAUUAUUAUGCAGCGGUUGGACAUGGAUGUUUGACAUGCAACGGAUAACACUGGAGGAGCUUAAACAUAUCCUCUACCAUGCGUUCCAGGAUCAUUUAACAAUGAAGGACAUUGAAAAUAUUAUCAUCACUGAAGAGGAGAGUUUAAAUGAGAACUCUGGUAAUUGUCAAACGGAAUUUGAAGUGCAUUCCCAGAAACAAAACCGACAGACCUGCGUACGGAAGAGUUUAAUAUGCGCUUUUGCUAUGGCCUUUAUUAUCAGCGUCAUGUUGAUCGCAGCCAAUCAAAUCCUCCGAAGUGGCAUGGAGUAGCCAUAACACUGUGAAACCAAUGAUCCACGCAUGCGCAUGCUGCCCGGUGAACUAAUCUCCCUGAUCAACUUUCAAAUCAACGGGCAAAGGAGAGAGAGAGAGAGAGAGGGAAAAAAAAGAGAGAGAGAAUAAGAGAGAAAGAGAGAACAUGUGAACAAGAGCGAAGGUUAAGAGGAGCGGUUCGGCAGGAAAACUGUAUCCGGCAGCAUAUCUGUAAAUCAACCAUAUCCUCUUGGCAGGGACAUCAAAGGGCUGUCUUAAUGCUUUAAUGGGGUUUUUUUUGUUUUGUUUCCUAAUGCAAUAAAAAAAAGAAAAGAAAACCAUAAGCCCUGAAUUAUAUUUUUGAUGUGGUAGCAGUAGAUGAAAACAAGGAUGCAUCGAUCAAGUCUCAGAAACUGGUUGCGUGGUAGCAUCGCCUACUGGCCAGGACACUUUCAUGCAUCUGUUUUUAAGUGUCCCACCUUCCAGGAAAUGGAAUGUCCACAUCACCACAAGCAAGUUUGAGACCACGAUCUCUACGAUUUCAUCUGACUUCAGGGGUUUUUUUUUGAUUCAAGUGCUGAAGGAACCAGUGAAAAAAUCCAUGUCUGGAGACACGGAUAUGAAUGAAGCUGGUUCAGAGAAGUUUUUGUUCUUCAUCUACGAGACAUAAGACUGGCCCAGCGUUUUGUGUUUUCAAACCAGUGCAUUCCACUCAUCCACUUCCUGCUUUCCCAUCAACGCUUUUAUGUAAGGAAAACGAAGUUAUGCUGGGCGUGUCACAGAAGCCAAUGCAGAGUCUUCCUAUCCUGUUUUCCAACGAUGCUGUAAAAAGUUAUUGGGCGCCUUGAUCCAAUGUAUAAAUAGCUUCAUAUUCAAUAUACAGUCUCUAUUGAUCUUAUUCCAAUCUGUCUUAUACCAAGAUUUCCAAACAGAGUUUUGGAGGUUGCUCCCAGCUUAAUAUCUUAGCACAUUUUGCUACAGCGAUCCUAAAGGUAAAUGAUAUCUAUAUAUGAUUGUAGUGUGAGGGUUUAAAAUGGAUCGAGGGAGUGCUAAUUGUCUUGAAGCCUGAUGUGAGGUUGCUCCUGCUUUAGGAUGGACAUCUCCAGUUGAGUUUUUCCCAAUGAGAGCAUGGAUUGGUCCACCACCGCAGACCAUAAUAGCCUUAAAUGCAAAGAUGGGGAUAGCUCAGUCAACCAGUAGCCAGGAACAACUUGGUGAUAUAUGAUAAGGAAAGGAAAUUGCUCUAGAAGCAGGCGCCAGAAUUUACCUAACAUACUUUUCGUGUCCCCCAGACUGUGUGGCUGAGAUUGUAACUCAUGUGACUUUCCUCUGAUUAAGCUCCCUCAAAUUGAAUGAGGCUUCUUCUAUCUGUUGGGGUUAAACCAAAUUGAUUGGAAAUGAAGCAGAGGUGGGCCAAUGUUAGAGUUGACCUCAGUUUAUUUCUGGGGUGGUGUUGGGUGGGGCAUAAUGUAAUAUGGAGACACAGCCUGUUUGACUAGUUUAGGAGACAUACUGUACAUUGUGUUUAGGAUACAUAUAUUGUGUGAAUUAUCCAUAAUUCUAUGAAAUAAACUGUAUGAACAUAGUUCUCGGGGAGCCAUACGCAAGAGUGUAGCUCCAGUACUACUUCUCCCUUGUUUGCAUUUCCCUUAACUUUCCUAGCACACAUAUGUAUGGAGGGGAUGCACAGAUGCAUAAAUUGGAAUGAAUUCCACUGAGUGAAUUCACUUGUAUGAAUCGGAAGGGACCUCAUAAGUCAUCCAGCCUGACUCCUUGCUCCGUACAAGAAGCCACAAAAUCCUUCAUGCUAAGCUACGAGCUUCUCGUUUGAAAUCUGCAGCAAGGAGUAGUCCAUCAUUGGUCUUGGUAGACCAUUGGACCAAUAAGCAGGUUGUACCGUGGGUGUGUAUGUGUGUGGUCUGUGCGCAUAUAAAGUCAAGCUUAGUUUGUGGUGAGUUUGUGUAUGUAUAUAUAGAAAAAAAAAACCACCAUGUAAUUUUCCUGGCAACGCUGCAGAAAUGGUUUUGCUGUUUGCCUCCUGUGUGUUCACAUACACAUAUCUGCAUAUAUAGAAAAUGUUGUACUUCAAAUUUUUCACAUGAACUGUGAACCUGUGCUACCCUAUUCAGAACACCCCAACUCUCCUUUAGGUAGCCAGAUCAUCAAAAUAAAUCUGUGUUAUUUUUUUAUUAUUAUUCUAGUUUUUAAAUAUAAGAGAUUUCUAUCGUUCUUUGCAGGGAUGUGGUGGCUCAGCGGCUAUGACGCUGAGCUUGUCGGUCAGAAAGGUCGGCAGUUCGGUGGUUUGAAUCC